AUGGACCUUCCCUCAUCCUCCCGACUUGCCUCCCGGCUGGCCGUCGUAGCACAACCCAAUUACACGUCGUUGGACGUCUUCUGGGCUUCACACCCUCGAUGGCCUUUACCUCCCGAGGCGGACGAGGAUGAGGAUAUUCAUAUAGGCAUCUUCGACUCUUCCUUCAACCCGCCUACACUCGCACAUUUCGAGAUCGCUGGUACUUCUUUCCCUUCGGCACACCCUGAAUCACAAGGACGAGGCGGGUACACGGCCAAGCUUCUCCUGCUCUCCGCUCGGAACGUUGACAAACCGCCCACCCACCUCGGCGAUGAAGAUGCAGAGGAAAGGGUCGAGAUGAUGGUGCUUCAGGCCAGACGAAUGGCGGCAGCGUCAUCGUUACCAAUGGAGGAGCAGCAGGACAGGAAUGACGUGCAGGAAGAGGAGUCUAGCAGCAACAUCGCCGUAGCGGUCCUCAAUUUCCCUACAUUUGUCGGGAAAUCCCGGAUCAUCCAUUCUUGGCUCGAUCAGACGUUUCCUGGAUUACUGCAAGAUCCAAAACCAGAAUCAGCAUCGCCCGCUCGUACUCCCAAGGUCCGACUCUCCUUCCUCAUAGGUAGCGACACCCUGACUCGUCUCUUCCGCCCUGCCUACUACCCUCCUUCUUCCUCCUUCCCCGAGAUUGGCCCGGACAUGGAAACGCAACUAAAGUACUUCUUCGAGCAAGACCGAUCGAGGAUCGUCUGUGUGCGGAGGUAUUUGAAACCGGGGGAGAGAGAAGAGGAGGAGAGGUUCGUCAGGGAGGAUGACGGGUGCAAGCAAUGGGUGAAGAGUGGUGGGAUCCGGUUCGUCGACGAGAGCGAAACUGCCGGAGGAACCGGGGCGGGAGCGGGUGUGAAGACUGGAGAAGAGAUGGGAUUGAUCAGUAGCACCGUCAUCCGACAACGGGUCGAUCAGGUUCGACAGGAAAUGCAAGGACCGGACGACGACCUGGAGGAAUUGACGGUGAAAGCGCUCGAGGGGCUGUGCAUCGACGAUGUCUCGAGGUAUAUCGCCAGGAAAGGGUUAUAUCUACGAUCCUAA